UAGAGUGUAAGUUACUAUACUAGUAAAAAAUAUUAGGUUCAAUUGACUUGCAUAACCAAUUUGAUUAAACUUGCAUGCAGCACUGAAGCAUUUAAUUUACAGUGAACAGUAAAAAGUUACAUAUUUUGAUAAGUUACUUUACGUAAAAACAUAUGUGUAAGGACAACAGCAACUACAGAUAUAUAUUGAGUGGCAAAAAUGAAUCAAUUCAAUUCAGUUAUGAGAUUGAUUCAGAUGAAGGCGAUGUGGUGACACACACACAGUUUCAUAUACUGAAUAAACAUUAAUACACAUUCCACGCUUCUAAUCAGUGUCAAAUAAUCAAAACAACCUUCAUUCUGUCUUAUAGUUUCUAACAAUAAUGCAAGUUAUUUUUUCAUUAUUUCUCUCUCUCAGAUCCGGCUAAUGUUUAUAAUGUCUCUGUGUCAGAUCGCACAGAGAAUGAAGUAACACUGGAAUGGAGUAAAGUGCACAACAUCAGCAGUUAUUUUCUAUGGUUUAAUCGUAUGGAAAUGUUCAUCAAUGGAUCUGAUAAUGUUUCUGUAGUCAGACAUACAGUUUCUUCUCUCUCUCCUGGGAGAAUUUACUUCUAUUCACUCCGCACUGUGUUUGAUACAAGACAGAGCUUUGGAUACCAUUCUUAUGCAGUUACGGGUGAGGUUUAUAUUACUUUAGAUCCAGUGAAAAUAGUAAAUCGAUCUGAUUAUUUAUAUUUUUCAUUUCUCAAUUUGUCUUCCAGCUCCAGUAAAUGUUGACAAUGUGACAGUACAACAUCAAGAUGAUGCAAAUAUAGUGCUGAAGUUCAGCGACACAAAUGUUUUCAGCAGAAACCUGCGUUAUUAUAUUCUGAAAUAUGGAGAAAAUGAGACUUACAUAGGCAUACGUAACAAUGCUAUGUAUCCUUAUUUUGGGUAUCAUCAUCAUGAUCCUUAUUUUAUUCAUCAUUAUGAUUCUUAUUUUAAUCUUCAUUAUGAUCCUUAUUUUAAUCAUCAAUAUGAAGACACAUAUAAAGUAACAUCUCUCUCACCUGGAACUAAAUACAACUUUACUCUCUACUCUGUGCUUUAUGGCAUAAGAAGCCGUGGAUAUAACUUCUCUGCUGAGACCACUCCGGCAAAAGUCACUGGCCUUCACUGUGAGUAUUCUUGGUUGGGAAGUGUUGUAAAUCUGGUUUGGGAUGCACCAGAUGGAUUGUGGUCUGAAUUUGAGGUCCAGGUGAAUGAAGGAAUUCCAAAACAUGUAAAUAUCACAAGAUAUCAGAUUGAUGAUGUGCUGUCAUCUGUGCAAUAUGAGAUCAGUGUUACAUCACUCUCUGGAAAAUUAAGAAGUGACCCAGUGUCAGUCGUGUGUCAAACCAACGCAUCAGGUGCAAUAGCAGGAUCCAUGUUGGCUGUUUUCCUUAUAAUCCUUCUUGUUUCUAUUGGAGUUUUCUGUAUACACAAAAAAUUUGACCUCAGAAGAUGUUUUUUUGGAAAAGAAAAUGUGGAGAAGACUUCUAAUCUGCCAAUGGAUCUGAUCUAUGUAAACACAUCCACUCACAACACACAAGAAAAUCAGGAUUCAAGUGUGAAAUCCGAGAAUAUAGACAUCAGCGAGGAGAACAGUCCUUAUGAAGUCCUACAUUGAAACAUAUAAAUGUUUAAACUUUUUUAACCAACACUGAAAAAAUCUCCGGUUGCACAUGAUUGAAUUAAGUUUUCUUAAAAUGAUUUUUCUUAAAAAAAGUUUUGGGAUCUACGUAAUUUAAUUAUGUACACCAGUUCAACAUGAUUGAAUCAAGUUUUCUUAAAUUGAAAUUAAUUUUAAUUAAUGCUAAUUUUCAUUUACAGAAAACCUAAUUUAAUCAUGUGCGACUUGUGUCCAGAAGUUUUUAUUUCAGUGAAUCUUUGGUAACACUUCACGUCAAGGUUUGUAGUAAAUGCAUUAGCAUAAACUAACAAUGAACAUAUUAAUGAAUAAU